AUGUCUCCGCUGCGCUUACCCCCGAAUUUACUUCAGGAUGCUCCAGUACCACCAUUAGUCCUUUCUGCUGAUGACAUAUAUCUUCUCGAGACGAUGCAUGUUCGUGUCCACAAUAAUCAAAAUGAUCAAACACACGCACGUGUCUACCACAGCAAAAAAAAUGUCAUUUUAUUUAAAGCUAUGUCGACCAUUUUGCCUGACAAAUCGCUCAUUAUUAAAAUGAUACCGGGUCAUUGGAUGGUCAACGGUUAUUUAAAUACAGGCGCAACCUAUAUCGUAUGUUACAAUUUGAAUCCUGAUAUGACAAUCGAUUUGAUCAAGGGUUAUUUACCUCGUGUUCGAUUCUCACAUAACUCAAGACUCGAAGGAGUCUUCUUCGUACCUUAUGAUCAACGUGUACCUUGUGAUGAUGGACGUCGAGAAGCUUUAGUAGAAGUGCAUAUGCCCAUGUUAUUGACACAACUUGGAUAUGGUGAUUCUAUCACCCUUAUCUAUGGUGAUAAUUGUACUUAA